GGAGUGGGAGAACGGGCAGGAGAGGGACGAGAAAGAAAGAAAAAAGGAGAUCAAGCUGCUGCUACGACACCACUAGCUGGCUAAAGAGAAAGGGCGAAUUGGUUGUGGCAGACUGGUUGGACGGAGCAUAAUCAGCCAUUCUUUUCCAACAGCGGAUAGUUUUUUUUAUAUAUUUUUUGGUCUAUAUUGUACUUAGCUAGCUAAUCUAGCUAUGUGCAUGUAGUUUUGUUCAUGGAGGAGAGUGCAGAAGCCAACGGCACGCUGGGGUUCCUGCUGAGGAACUGCCUUUUUAAAAUAGUUGGCUGAUUGUUGUCGUUGUUGUUGCUAACAAGACGGCUAGCUAACGAGCUAAUGUUACAUUACUACGGCUAAAAAGACUUUUCUCCGACUGCGUUGGUGCAAAAAGGUAGCUAAACCAAGUUAUCUAAUUUAAUUUCAGUCUUUGUGCGUUUUAACAGUUGGCUAACAUUAGCUAAACGUCAUUUCCCUUUCCAGACUCCUAUUUAGCAAGCUAUCAUACUAGCCAAUAUAGCUAUUGUAGUGCUGCGGGCCAGCUAAUGUUACUUUCGAAUUAAUUUCCCCUGUUUGUUCGCUAGUUUAUUCAUAAAACUCUUGAGAUAACGGUUCGUUAACUGGCUACAUGUGCGUUUAACAGGUAAAUAUAUUAUUGUUCUGAUAUCUAUUCCCCAACAAUAUUGGUCUGUGUGCGGUCGGCUGGCUAGAUAAGUUAAGAUAGCUAGCGUAGCCUACUAUUUUAAUUAGCUUUUAGGUAGCUGGCUGGUGGUUUCACGAACGAUGCACUGGUCACGGUCUCGUAGAAGCUACUUCGCAGUUUUCGAAAACAAUAACGUUAAAUUGUUUUGACGAAACACUGAACUACCGCGUGUGGGAUGCCGAAUGUAAUUGGCAUUGGAUACCUUGUAUGUUGCUACCUUUUUUGUUCUGUAUGAAUUUUUUCCUUUGCUCUGCAAGAAAAGCAUUUACGGCUUUGCAUUGAGAGACUAGUGUGUUAGCGCGCUAGUUUGUAUUUGUAGCCCUUUUCUUUCCUGGCUGUGGUGGCGGUAUGCAAUAACUAGCUACAAUACUGUUCCUUUAAUUUAAAAUAUACCUGAAGAAAAUUUCCAUAUCCUUCGCACACCUGUCAUUUUUGCUCCUUUAUUUUGUUCCCUUGGCUUUAGAGUCAUAUAAGUAGCUAGCUCGUGUUUUUUUUAGCUAUCUAAGGGAGGGCCGUGGUGUGCUUGUAUAGACUUUUCUUUUCUACAAUUGUUUUUGCUCGGGUUCUGUGCAAAGACGACGGCGAAAUUUUUCUGAAACUAUGGAUGAUCAGACCCGUAUACUGACGGGUCUUACCGGACUCGCGGGAUUACAGCCACCCGACCUGGGCGACCCAGACUCCGUUCGGAAGCAGCAGUCCCUCGGUCAGCCGCAGCAAGACAUUGGGGACAUUCUUCAACAGAUCAUGGCUAUUACGGACGAAAGCCUCGACGAAGCGCAGGCCAGGAAGCAUGCCCUGAACUGCCACCGGAUGAAGCCGGCCCUCUUCAGUGUGCUGUGUGAGAUAAAGGAGAAGACAGUGCUCAGUAUCCGGGGGAUACAGGAGGAGGACCCCCCCGACCCCCAGAUCAUGCGCCUGGACAACAUGCUGCUGGCCGAGGGCGUGUCCGGGCCGGAGAAGGGCGGCGGCUCGGCGGCGGCGGCGGCUGCAGCGGCGGCGGCGGGCGGCUCGCCGAACGACGGCAGCAUCGAGCACUCGGACUACCGGGCCAAACUGGCCCAGAUUCGCCAGAUCUACCACUCUGAGCUGGAGAAAUACGAGCAGGCGUGCAGCGAGUUCACUAACCACGUGAUGAACCUGCUGAGGGAGCAGUCUCGAACCCGGCCCAUCUCGCCCAAGGAGAUCGAGCGCAUGGUGGGCAUCAUCCACCGCAAGUUCAGCACCAUCCAGAUGCAGCUCAAGCAGAGCACCUGCGAGGCCGUCAUGAUCCUGCGCUCCCGCUUCCUCGACGCCAGGCGCAAGCGACGCAACUUCAACAAGCAGGCCACCGAGGUGCUGAACGAGUACUUCUACUCCCACCUAUCGAACCCCUACCCCAGCGAGGAGGCCAAGGAGGAACUGGCCAAGAAGUGCGCCAUCACAGUCUCUCAGGUUUCUAACUGGUUUGGAAACAAGAGGAUUCGGUACAAGAAGAACAUCGGCAAGUUCCAGGAAGAAGCCAACCUCUACGCCGUCAAGACCGCCGUGGACGCAGCCAGCGUGUCGGCUCAGGCCAGCCAGGCGAACUCUCCGGCGACGCCCAACUCAGGUGGAUACCCUGCUCCGUGCUACACGCCUGACGGCCGGCUAUGAGGGGCUGUCAGGAUGAGUUCCGUACCCCCCCCGAGCGCCUAGACGACAGCACCAAUCCUUCCAUCACGACUCCCGCAGGAGCCCCCCGGCAGCAUCCACUCAGCCACCUCCAAAUGCGAGAAGGCUCCGCCCACCACUGCUCCACUAACCCCUCCCCUUUCCUGUGACAAGGCGCCAACCACCACUGACUCCUCCCCUUUCCGCUGACCUCUCUCCUUCCCUUUUUGAUGUGGCAUCGACCGCAGACUCCUGUUGGGUCCUCUUAACUCCCCUGAGACGGGCACCGCUCACUCUUCCUCGUUCCUCUCGGCCUAUCCCCUCUCUCCGUGGCAUGGCCGCUGACCAAUGGCCACUGACUCCUCCCCUUUCCUCUGAAAGCUUCCAGUUCCCUUUCCCUUCUGCUUAAGACCACCCCGACUCCAGCUCUUCCCUCGGCUGUCUCUCACUGGACCUUGAUAUGUCCCCACCUCUCAAGAACAUAUGAGCUGGACUGUGAUUGGACAGUACUGCGGUUAUCCCUGGCCUCAAAGGAGGAAGUGUUGGAGAAGUGGGUGACAGCAGAGGGGAGGGGGGGGGGGUGACGACCCCGAGUCGAGAACGAGCUGCUCAUCUACCUAGAGACCUCUGGGGCAAACAGACUCUUGUGGACACACUCAAACGGUGUGUGUCCGCACCCGUUAGACUACACACACGUCUCACUUCCACAAAUUGUGUUAACAUUUUAAGGCUGUAUUAAUUGCUGUGGUGAAUGUUUGCAGGGAGAGUUGUUUUGUGUGUGUGUGUGUGUGUGCGCGCGCGUGCAUGUAUGCGCGUGUGCGCAAGGGAGUAUGUGUGCACACGCGCGUGUGUAACGGCAAACCCUUGCUGUUUCCAUGGAGACGCUUCCAUCUCAUAGGGAGCUUUGCCCCUCCCACUUGUACCAAAGUGCUGCAUACUCUUGAACUUAAACCAGUCUGACGAGCAGAACCCCAGGCGUCUUUUCUCCGCUGUGCCAUUGCUGUUACUUUUUAUCCCAUACUGUUACUUCACCCGUCCCAGUUCUGCGACUAUUAGCUGAUUUACUGUUGCUUCUGCCCCCGUGCCAGUACAUUACCAUCGCUCCAAUACUGUUACCGUGACACCCACGGGUGCUCGCACGUUCAUAGUCACGCUCACGCACACGCACUGAUAUAUACACACGUGUGUGUGUGUGUGUGUGUGUGUGUGUGUGUGUGUGUGUGUGUGUGUACAUACAUACACACACACACACACGCGCGUACCUCCUGCAGUUCCUCAAAGCAAUGCAGGAUCAGGCAGCAGUGUACAUGCAGGGCAACGUGAGGGUGUGGCUGUUGAGGGUGUGGCUGUUUUGUGCGGAACAUGAGGAAGGGCGGGGCGGGGAAUGUUCGUUUGGCUUCUUGAUGAAUAGUUUUGGGAAGCUGCGAGUUGUUUUUUAAGCCUUUUAAUAACAUUGCUUUUUCUUUUUUUUUUUUUUUUUUUUUUAAGUCGAUAGUAGCUUUUUUCUAAUGCUGUUUCACAAAGAAUGCACCAGCCACCAAAUAAAACCUAGUUUGAAAUAACAUUAACUGCGGUAUGUUUCGAAAGGAAGCGUUAGGUAAAGAUGAUAGACAAAGCAGAAAAAAAUGUGACUGUCUUCCUUGCAUGUAGGCCUAUGAUGUGUUAUAGUGAUCGUGUUCAUUUUCUUUCAGUUUUUUUCUUUCUUAUUUUGCAAUAGACAAAAAAACCUACAAAGAGGAAAAAAAAAAAAAAAAAAAAGACAAUGACCAAAAAUGAACACAUUCGUGAUGCACCUGUAAACCACGUCACUCAGCAGAUCAUGGAGGCUUGUGCUGCUCCACAUUUUUAUACCCGUUCCUUACAUGCACCCCCCCGCCACCAGAGGGCGGUAUUCGAGUUCAGCGAGUCGAAUCCUCUGCUGGGUCCGGAUCCCUUACUACCCAUGAUCCAGAGGCGGUAACAACCCACUGCUCUCUGUGAUGUUAAAGCCAAAAAUACUUCUGCUGUUCAUGUAACUCAUACUCCAUAAACGCUGGUUUUGAUGUCGGACUCUCUCUGUUUUGGGGUAGGGGAGAAAGAAAAUCUGUGGAAUGGUUUAUGUUGGUUAGUGUGUAUUGUACGUUAUCUUCCUGACUUGUUUAGGUCAAUGUUUUUUUCUUUUUCUUUUUCUUUUUUUCCUUCUGGUCAAUAUAUUUUUUUGGUGGGGGGGUUCAGUUACCUUAAUGGGAUUACCUUAGCGUGUUUCCUGGACCCAUGCUUCUGAACAGCUGGGCCUGAUCACAAGGAGGCAGCACACGUGUCCAGUACGGCCGUGCUGUCCCUCGCUGUUAAGAUCUUACUCCGCUCGACAGGCCUUAGGAGCUUUAUAAAAACUUCAGCAGUAAACAAAUGCUGUCCGGUCCCUCCAAAUCCAUUUAACAGAAAUCUCACAGUAAGGGCUUUUCUUGAAUUUGAAUUUGAAUUUGACCAAAAAAAAAAACCAACAGUUAAACUGCAUAUAAUGGCUCACCUCUAUAGCAGCUGUCUUCAGCGCAAGUCAGCUGCUUCAGACUUCAUCCUGGCUGUGUCUGCAGGUGAAGACUUAGCAGUUUUACAGUGUUGAUAAGGGGGGAGGUAUACAUAUCACUGUAGCUCAAUGGACUAAAUCACAUCGGAGUGUAAGUUAUUGGUCUAUACAAUGUACCACUGAUGAGCAAAUGUGGCAUAGGAAACAAAAACAAAAAACCUACUUAACCAUGGUAACCUUGUCCUUCGUUUUUUUAAGUACACAAUAUACUGUCGUAGUGAUGCUUUUACUGCACCAAACUAAUUUCUUUUAUUUCUUUUUUUUUCUAUGCCACUUGUGUGGAUAUCACUGUACAAAUUGUGGAAUGUUUCAUUGCUUUUUUGUAUUGGGUUUUAAAAAAAUCAUUUUAGCAAAUUUAUUUUUGCCUUUAUUGGGCUCUUUAAACAGGAGCAAUGUAUGUUUUUUUUUUUGUUUUUUUUUAAUGCCUUUUUAUUUUUUAUUGUGGCACAUUUCUUUUUUGAUUGUUUCUCCUGAUGUGUGGUGGUUAUGGGACUGGUAGUUUGAUUUUGGUGCUGUGAGGGCUCCCAUUGGACCACUGGUCAUGACCUAUUGGUGCUGUGUACACUCUCAUUGGACAGCUGAUCAUGACCUGUUGGUGCUGUCUGUACCCCCAAUUGGACCGCUGAUCAUGACCUAUUGAUGCUGUGUAUACACCCAUUGGGUCACUGGUCAUGACCUGUUUAUGCAGAGUGUACUCUUAUUGGGCCACUGGUCAUGACCUGCUUUUUGACCUACAUGCUUUUAGAACAUGAUAUUUGUGUCAUCAGUUAUUGGGGUUUGUGAAUGAUGUUGCUCAAUAGUUACAUCCAAAUUUUUUCUCUCAGAACAGUGCGAUUUAGGCCCCUCAGUUUGCAUUUUUCUUUACAAUGUUUGUUUUUUGAGAACCCGCGAGUGUAUUUUACCCACCCCCCCCCCCCCACACACACACACACACACACACUCUCUCUUCCAAAGAUCAACAGAACUUUUUCCACAGUUUAACAUUCUCCUGUGCACAUAAUAUGUGUUCGUCACCUUGGCAAAGUGUCGUCAUAAAGGUUUUUUUUUUCUUUCUUUUUUUUUUUUUUUUUGGUUUUGGUGGGGGGGGAGCUUUGCAUUAAAUGUUCAUGUUGUUCCAUGUCCACUGAGCUGUAAAAAUGAUUCUGGCUGUAAUUUCCUGAACGAACACCUGUAGCCAGGAAGUGUUGUUUGUUGACCCACAGCACCAAAUCAGAUGAAGCAGAUCCCUGUCGCCUCUAUAUUUUUUGGUUUUGUUAGUCCCCCCCCCCCCUUUUCUGCAUUCACCCAUUCCCUGUCCCUGCCUCCUGUCUUUCUCUACCUCUCUCCCUCCCUCCAUCUCUCUUGUACAUAGACGUCAUCACUUCCAGACUGAAGAGUCUGUAUUAACUCCUUUUAUACCUCAACUUUAGGAGAUCUGUUCUAGGAAGAGAUUAAAGCAAAAGUAAAAAAAAAAAAGAAAAAAAAUAUGACAACCAAUGUAGUGUUCCUUAUUAGAAAAAAAAAACUAAUAAAGAAUAGUGUGCUUUUUUGUGGGAAUAGUUAUUUUGGGGUGUUUGCUUCUUUUAAUGGGAACAAUGGUCUUUAGCCACUACAUCUAAGCUAUUGUGACAUUUAAAAAUAUUAAUAAAAAAUAUAAAGGA